AUGGCUCCAGACAUUAAUGCAAUCAAAGUUCACGAGAAGGGCGCAAGCGACCCUAUCGUCCAGAGGCUCGCUCAGGAAGACAAAGUCCCGUGGUACAGGAAGCCCAACCUGCGAAAUCUGUACCUGCUUCUUUUCCCCACCUGCAUGGGCAUCGAGAUCACCAGCGGUUUCGAUUCCCAGAUGAUAAAUGCCCUUCAAAUUUCAGACCACUGGCAAGAAUACUUCAAUCAUCCGACGGGAGAGUGGCUUGGUUUCAUCAACGCCGCCUAUUCACUCGGUGCUAUUCUGAGCUUGCCAUUUGUUGGCAUUUGCAACGACCGCUUUGGCCGUCGUUGGUCCAUUUUCAUCGGAUCCUGGAUCAUGGUGGCAGGCGCAAUCGUUCAAUGCUUCGCUCAAAAUGCCGGCAACUACAUUUUCGCGCGUAUCAUGCUGGGAUUCGGGAUUCCCGUCUGUAUCGUUGCGGCCUCUGCUCUUAUCGGCGAACUUGGUUACCCCAAGGAGCGCCCGGUCUUGACUUCACUUUUCAACGUGUCCUACUUUGUGGGCGAGCUUACCGCUGCGGGAAUCUGUUUUGGCACAAACACCAUUGCAAGCCACUGGUCCUGGAGGCUUCCAUCAAUUCUUCAAGCGGCUCCGUCGCUACUUCAAAUCAGCUUGGUCCUGCUGCUCCCGGAAAGUCCUCGUUGGUUGAUCAGCAAGGACCGUCAUGAAGAGGCCCACGAGAUUCUCGUCAAGUACCAUGCCGAAGGUGACCGCGAUUCGGAGUUUGUUCGUGCCGAGAUGGCGCAAAUCCGAUCCACUCUUCAUAUUGAGAUGGAAGCAUCCAAGAAGUCCUGGCUGGAUCUGUUCCGCACUUCUGGUAUGCGACGUCGUGUGAUUCUCUCAACAGCACUUGGACUGUUCACCCAGUGGUCCGGUAACACCCUCAUCUCCUAUUAUCUCGGCACACUCUUGAAGAUGGUUGGCUGGGAGCAAGCGACAGAUAUCCAGAAGGUCAAUGUAGGCUUAUCUUCGUGGUCCCUGAUUACUGCCGCCACAGCUGCGUUGCUGGUGACGCGAUUCCGGCGCAGAGUCAUGUACAUGACUUGUGUCAUCUCGUUGCUCUGUGUCUACAUUGGCUGGACCGUCUGUAUGGAGAGGACUAUGACGAGUGACAAGGCUGGAAACAUCAACGAAUCAUCUGGCAUUGGAGUCAUCUUCUUCAUUUUUGCCUAUAAGCCUGCUUAUAAUAUCGGCUACAAUGCGCUUACAUAUACAUACUUGGUUGAGCUAUGGCCCUUCGCAGAGCGUUCUCGAGGUAUUGCGUACUUCCAGCUCUGGGGACGUCUGGCUGCCUUUUUCACCACUUUCAUCAACCCCAUCGGUCUGAAAAACAUUGAGUGGCGCUGGCUCAUUUUCUACUGCUGCUGGCUCGGCUUUGAAGUCGUCUUCGUCUACUUCAUGUUCCCCGAGACCUUUGGGAGAACACUCGAAGAGCUUGCUUUCCUCUUUGAAGACAAGGAAAAGGCCGACCGGGCUGUUGCUGCUGUGGAGAAGGCCAGGGCUGGAAUUGACGACGACGAGAAGCGAGCAGAGACUGUGGUCGAGAAUAUUGACAACCGCGUCUAG